AAGUUGGCGGGCCUUCGAUCCAUUUCCAUCAACCGACGUUUUCAGCUAAUACCAUUAAUGGAAUUAAUAAUACUGGAGCUUUCGAUAUUCAUCUAUUAAAAGAAUCCAAGAAAAGAAAGAAAGAUCAGGAAGAUGAAGAAGAGGACGAAGGGAUUGACAACACAGCAAUACUUUAUGAUAGACUGAUAGUGGGAAUUGAAACUGCACGAGAAAAUCAAACGGCCUGUUUGAUGACCCCGCUUUGUUGGAGUGUCGUAGAUCUUAGAGCAGAGAAUGUCUCUCCGUGCCCAAAACAUCCUCGUGCGAAAGAAUUUCUAUCAGAUACGGAAGUUCAAAAUCUCCAACAAACGACUAUUGAAAUUAUAAAUAUAGAAUCACAUUUGGGCCCAUCUGCUAAAACACUUCUGGAGACGCUUCAAUGUAGCACUUUCAGUCUCAGAAAGCUCAGUAAGGAGAAGAGGGCUCGGGGGAUUGAAGGUAUUUGUUCCUUGCUUAAAAUAGACGCGAAAAUAUAUGACAAAGAUACCCAGUACGUUGGAGAAUGUAUGGAUGCCUUUUGGGUACAUAUAUACGGUGGGACGACUAAUAUAGAACGAACUGUUGAUAUGCACCUAAUUGGUCCGUUCUCAAAAACGCCUGGUUGGAGAAAGUCAUUCAGAGACGAGAAGUCUUCCCGGUCGGAAUCAGGAGCAACUGGAAAGGCGUGUGAUUUUAUUUUCUGGAGAAAUGGGCACGAGAUUGGCAUUGGAGAGAACACCGGCUCCACUCGUAAGGACCAUCAUAAAAAAAGUGUCACCGAUUUCGUAGAUGUCAUAAAUGUUGCUCGAUCGCAACAUAUUAGUUUCCAAACGAAGUGCAUAGAAAAAAGUGGGCGCAAUCCUCUUCCCUCAAAUAUUGAGAACGUAUUGAAGUCUGUACCGAUUCCCUUUUUCCAAGUAAUCGGGAUGAAAAUCCGAUUCUACAUUCUAAUACAAAUCAAUGGUGAUUUGUACGGUAUGUGGGAAUGGUCUUCGCAAGACCUACCAAGAAAGGAUGAUGACAUUAUAACUGCGAUGGCUUUAUGUAAAAAAUUCCUAAUCCAUCGAAAUCUUCUAAACCGAACAUCCAAUCUAACUCAAACAGCUAUUAGACUUUCGCAAGUUUUCAGAGAAAAUGUAGAGAAUACGCAAGAUUUUCAUAUUAACAAAUCUGUCAAAUUGAGUCCUAUAGUGGCUCCAAAGGAAAAAAGAGGUUAA